AUGCCCGUCGCCCUCCCUAGCGCGCGUCGCACUCCCUUCCGACGUUGCCCUCCCUUCCGCCCGUCGCACUCCCUAGCGCUCGUCGCAUCCCCUUCCGCCCGUCGCCCUCCCUUCCGCCCGUCGCCCUCCCUUCCGCCCGUCACCCUCCCUUCGUCUCGUCGCCCUCCCUUCCUCUCAUUGUCCUCCCGACCGCCCGCCGCCCUACCUUCCCCUCGUCGCGCUCCCUUCCGCCCGUUGCCCCCCUUUGUCUCGUCGCGCUCCCUGCUGCUCGCCGCCCUCCCUCCCGCUCGUCCCCUCUCAAUCCCCGUAUCUCUCUCCCCUCGUCGCCCUGGCAUCCCCGUUACUGUCGCCAUCCCUCCCUUCUCCCUUCCCAACUCCCACACUUGUCACGCCCCCUUUCCAACCCGCACACACCCUUCCUUUCCCUUUCCCUGCUUUCCCAUGUUCCUUUCCCUGCUUCCCCCCAUCCCCUUCCCUGCUUCCCCCCAUCCCCUUCCCUGCUACCCCCCAUCCCCUUCCCUACUUCCCCAUGUCCCUUUCCCUGCUUCCCCCCAUCCCCUACCCUUUUUCUCCCCAUCCCUUUCCCUGCUUCCCCCCAUCCCCUUCCCUGCUCCCCACCAUCCUCUUCCCUGCUCCCCACCAUCCCCUUCCCUGCUUCCCCCCAUCCCCUUCCCUGCUUCCCCCCAUCCCCUACCCUUUUUCUCCCCAUCCCUUUCCCUGCUUCCCCCCAUCCCCUUCCCUGCUCCCCACCAUCCCCUUCCCUGCUCCCCACCAUCCCCUUCCCUGCUUCCCCCCAUCCCCUUCCCUGCUUCCCCCCAUCCCCUUCCCUACUUCCCCAUGUCCCCUUCCCUGCUUCCCCCCAUCCCCUUCCCUGCUUCCCCCCAUCCCCUUCCCUACUUCCCCAUGUCCCUUUCCCUGCUUCCCCCCAUCCCCUUCCCUGCUUCCCCCCAUCCCCUUCCCUGCUUCCCCCCAUCCCCUUUCCCUACUUCCCCAUGUCCCCUUCCCUGCUUCCCCCCAUCCCUUUCCCUGCUUCCCCCCAUCCCCUUCCCUGAUUCCCCCCAUCCCAUUCCCUGCUUCCCCCCAUCCCCUUCCCUGCUUCCCCCCAUCCCAUUCCCUGCUUCCCCCCAUCCCCUUCCCCUGCUUCCCCCCAUCCCCUUCCCUGCUUCCCCCCAUCCCCUUCCCUGCUUCCCCCCAUCCCCUUCCCUGCUUCCCCCCAUCCCCUUCCCUGCUUCCCCCCAUCCCCUUCCCUGCUUCCCCCCAUCCCAUUCCCUGCUUCCCCCCGUCCCCUUCCCUGCUUUCCCAUGUCCCCUUCCCUGCUUCCCCCCAUCCCCUUCCCUGCUUUCCCCCAUCCCAUUCCCUGCUUCCCCCCGUCCCCUUCCCUGCUUUCCCAUGUUCCCUUCCCUGCUUCCCCCCAUCCCCUUCCCUACUUCCCCCCAUCCCCUUCCCUGCUUCCCACCAUCCCCUUCCCUGCUUCCCCCCAUCCCCUUCCCUACUUCCCCAUGUCCCCUUCCCUUCUCAAGCCUUCCCUUCCCGAUCAACUCCUUUUCAUGCCCUCCCCUUCCCCCUCACUCCUCACCUUCUGCCCUCUACUUCCCAUGCAUGUGCACCCAUCUCUAUUUCCCCAUUCAUGCUUUCAUCAUGUGCGCUUGCUUGUAUUCCCCUGCCAUUGUUCCGUUGCACCUCACACCACCUCCCCCAUGUUUCUUCACGCAAUUCUUUCUUUCUUUCUCCCCUCUCUCAGUGAUGCAUGGACACUAA